CAAUGUAAACGGCAACCGGCACCUUCACACGGCCACGGCGGAGAUACGAGGUUUUCAUAGUGAAAAGUGAUGAGCCCGAGACUGAAACGAGGAGGAACUCUUUCUGUGGUUUAUUCAAACAGUAAAGUGAGAAAACGGCGAGGUCCGUUCAAAUGUGAGUGAGCGGGUCUUUCAGAUCAGUGCGGACCCGUUUCAUCCUCCGUCCUACAGAAGGAGCCCAGGGGGGCGGACAUGCUCGAGGCGCUGUCACGUCCUGAAACGACAGACUUUAAUAGAGUCGUGACGGCAUUUCUUAUCCACACGACUGUGAGACCCUAAUGCGCGGCCACGCCUUAUUAACGCGUGGGGACGAGAUUGCUAAGCCGUGGCCGUGACUUAGUAAGGCAUGGGAACGAGAUCGCGGCUUACUGAGUCAUGGCGACGGAUUAGGAUCUCGUUCCCACGCGUUGAUAAGGCGUGCCCGCGACUUAACGAUCUCGUUCCCACACCUUACUAAGUCGUGGCCGCGCGUUAUUUUUAUUUCUCCAGGAAGUCGCCAGCGGGGCUCCGUACAGCUCCAUACAGGCCAAACCCGCUCUGCGGUGGGAGCCGGAGGGGUUCAUGAAAGUGAAACUGAAAGGAGCUCAGCGAGAAACAGCGGCGCCUCCAGCUGCUGAGGAAGCGGAGGGAGGACCACGGGCUCGAGCUUGGGAGCAGAGAGCUGCAGCAUGUCCAGUGUCCUACUGUAUCUGUGAAGACCUCAUUAUGGAGCCUCAUCAGCAUCUUCAGCACUUCACCAGUGGUGAAGGAACCUAUGACUCAAACUGGAAGAGAUUCAGAGGAAAACCCCCAGAGCCCAGCUGUGUGUCUUUGAAGAGCAACAACUCAAUGUCUGAGCCUCUUUACUUCAGUAAUGAAAAAAACAGUACUGACCAGAGCUGGAAGAGAAUCAGAGGAGAACCCCCAGAGCCCAGCUGUGUGUCUUUGAAGAGCAACAUCUCAAUGUCUGAGCCUCUUUACUUCAGUAAUGAAAAAAACAGUACUGACCAGAGACUGCAGACAUACAGAGCAGAACCUCUGGAGCCCAGCUUUGUGUCUUUGAAGAGCAACAACUCGAUGUUUGAGCCUCCGAGCUUCAGUAAUAAAAAACCCAGUACUGACCUGAGCUGUGUGAGAGCUGCAUCACUUCAGCAUCAGUCCAGGUGUGGUGUGUGUGAGCAGAUUCAGACAGAUCCAAUCUCCAUCAACUGUGGACACACAUUCUGUAGACAGUGCAUCAACAGCUACUGGAGCCAGUCUGCUGAGUCAGGAGUCUUUGCCUGUCCCCACUGCAGAAAGAGGUCUAAGACACGUCCUGUUCUAUAUCAACACAUAGAGGAGUCCAAUGAGCAGAAAGCAGUGGGUGAUGUUCUGCACAGAGAUCUAGAGAGACACAAAACCAUGAUGAAGAACAGAUAUGAGAGCUUAUUUGAGGGAUUCAAAACACAAGAAAAUAAAACCCUCCUGAACAGGAUUUACACUCAGCUCUAUAUCAUAGAGGGAGAGAGUGAAGGAGUGAAUGACGAACAUGAAGUUUUACAGAUUGAAAAGACACUCUGGGACCAACACUGUCAAGAUACACCAAUUAACUGUUUAGAUAUCUUUAAACCUGUACAGUGCAAUGUAGGAGAGCUGGAAGAAGACAGCAUCAGAACUGUGAUGGCUGAAGAUGUCAGAUAUGAUGAAAGAGAAGAAGAUAAAGGUCCACAAGUGCAGAAACUCAGAACUGUACUGACUAAAGGCAUUGCUGGCAUUGGAAAAACAGUCUCUGUGCAGAAGUUCAUUCUGGACUGGGCUGAAGGAAAAGCCAAUCAGGAUGUAGAUUUGAUGUUUGUGCUUCCAUUCCGAGAGCUGAACCUGAUUAAAGAUCACCAGUACAGUCUUCAUAGACUUCUGUGUGACUUCCAUCCUGAGCUCAGAGACCUGGACACAAAGAUAUAUGAUGAGUGUAAAAUAGUGUUCAUAUUUGAUGGCCUGGAUGAAAACAGAAUUCCACUGAACUUCUUACAGUGUGAGAACCUGUCAGACAUAACCAAGGUACUAGCACUGUCUGUGCUAAUGACCAACCUCAUCAAAGGAGAUCUGCUUCCCUCUGCUCACAUCUGGAUAACCUCUCGACCAGCAGCAGCCAAUCAGAUCCCUCGUCAGUACAUCAACCGUGUGACAGAAAUUCAGGGAUUCAAUGACCCACAGAAGGAGGAGUACUUCAGAAAGAGAAUCAGUGACCAAGAUCAAGCCAACUUCAUCAUCUCACACAUUAAGAAAACAAGGAGCCUCCACAUCAUGUGCCACAUUCCAGUCUUCUGUUGGAUCUCAGCCACUGUGCUUCAGCACCUAAUGAAACAGGGUAUUACAGACAUCCCUAAAACUCUGACUGCAAUGUAUUCACACUUCCUGAACACUCAGACAAUCAAGAGGAAUGAGAAGUAUGAGGAAAAUAGUGAGAUAAAUCCAAAGGAUCUCUUGGGAUCCAACAGAAAGUUACUUCUGAAACUGGCUGAACUGGCUUUCAAACAGCUGAUGAAGGGCAAUGUGAUGUUCUAUGAAGAAGAUCUGAGAGAGUGCAGCAUUGAUGCCUCUGAGGCCUCGGUGUACUCUGGCAUUUGCACUGAGAUCUUUAGAGAAGAAUUUUUGCUCUACCAGAAGAAGGUCUACUGCUUUGUUCAUCUGAGCUUUCAGGAGUUCCUGGCUGCUCUCUAUGUGUUUCACUGCUAUGUGAGCCAGAACAUGGAGGAACUGCGAGUUUUUAAGAUACAGAACAAAAAGCAGUCUGACAGCAUUUCACUGGAAGAUCUGCUAAGGGGAGCUGUCCAAAAAGCUGUAAAGAGUGAGAAUGGAAACCUCGAUCUAUUUCUCCGUUUUCUGCUGGGCAUUUCACUGGAGUCCAAUCAACAGCUCUUAAAAGAUCUUCUGACUCAAACAGUGAACAGCUCCGAGAGCAUCAACAAAACAGUUCAGUACAUCAAACGCCUAAUACCAACAAAGAAUCUUUCCUCAGAGAAAUCCAUCAACCUGUUCCUCUGUCUCACUGAAAUGAAUGACCAGACAUUAUCCAAAAAAAUUCAGAACUACCUAAAAUCCAAUAAAGGCUCAAGACAGAAUCUCUCUGCUGGAGAGUGUUUAGCACUAGCCUACAUGCUUGUGACCUCAGAGGAAGUGCUGGAUGAGCUGAACCUCAACAAUUACAACACAAACGCGAGCGGACAUUUGAGAUUGAUUCCAGCUGUCAGCAACUGCAGAAAGGCUGUACUAGCUGGCUGUAAACUCACCAUGAACUCCUAUGAAACUCUCUGUUCUGCUCUGAAAUCAACAAACUCACCCCUGAAAGACCUGGACCUCAGUAACAUUGACCUGCAGGACUCCGGAACUGAGCUGCUCACUGCUGGACUGAAGAGUUCAAACUGCAAACUGGAGAUACUCAGACUAGGCCACUGCAAACUCAGCAUGAGCUCCUAUGAAGAUCUCUGUUCUGCUCUGAAAUCAACAAACUCAUCCCUAAAAGAACUGGACCUCAGCCACACUGACCUGCAGGACUCAGGAGAGAAGCUGCUCUCUGCUAUACUGAACAGUUCACACUGUAAACUGGAGAAACUCAGACUGUCUUGGUGUAAUAUUAGGAGAAAGGCAUCAGCUUCACAGCUGGUGAACUCCUCCCCUAAAGAGCUGGACCUCAGGGAGAGUCACUUUCAGGAUUCAGGAACAGAGCUGCUCUCUGCUGUACUGAAGAGUCCACACUGUAAACUGGAGAUCAGAUCAGUAUUGCAGGCGGAAAACUCCUCCCUGAAAGAGCUGGACCUCAGCAACGUUGACCUUCAGGAUUCAGAAAUAGAGCUGCACUCUGCUGGACUGAAGAGUCCACACUGUAAACUGGAGAUACUCAGACUAGGUCACUGCAAACUCAGCAUGAGCUCCUAUGAAGAUCUCUGUUCUGCUCUGAAAUCAAAAAACUCAUCCCUAAAAGAACUGGACCUCAGCCACACUGACCUGCAGGACUCAGGAGGGAAGCUGCUCUCCGCUAUACUGAACAGUUCACACUGUAAACUGGAGAAACUCAGACUGUCUUGGUGUAAUAUUAGGAGAAAGGCAUCAGCUUCACAGCUGGUGAACUCCUCCCCUAAAGAGCUGGACCUCAGGGAGAAUCACUUUCAGGAUUCAGGAACAGAGCUGCUCUCUGCUGUACUGAAGAGUCCACACUGUAAACUGGAGAUCAGAAUAUCUUCGUCUAAUACGGGGGAGACGAUUUGUGAAAAUAUAAGAUCAGUAUUGCAGGUGGAAAACUCCUCCCUGAAAGAGCUGGACCUGAGCAACAAUGACCUUCAGGAUUCAGGAGCAGAGCUGCUCUCUGCUGGACUGAAGAGUCCACACUGUAAACUGGAGAUACUCAGACUAGAUUCUUGUAACCUUGGGGAAAAAUCUUGUGAAAAUCUAGGAUCAGUAUUACAAGCGGAAAACUCCUCCCUGAAAGAGCUGGACCUGAGCAACAAUGACCUUCAGGAUUCAGGAGCAGAGCUGCUCUCUGCUGGACUGAAGAGUCCACACUGUAAACUGGAGAUACUCAGACUGUCUUACUGUUUAAUUACAGAGGAAGGCUGUUCUGCUCUGGCUUCUUCUCUGAGUUCAAACCCCUCACACCUGAAAGAACUGGAUCUGACCUACAACCACCCAGGAGAUACAGGAGUGAAGCUGCUCUCUGCUAGACGGGAGGAUCCACACUGCAGACUGGAGACUCUCAGGGUGGAUUAUGGGGGGGAGGUCAGGAUGAAACCAGGACUAAAGAGAUAUUCCUGUGAUGUCACUCUGGACCCAAACACAGCAAACACUCGUCUCUCUCUGAGUGAGGAGAACAGAAAGGUGGUGUUUGUGGAGGAGAGUCAGUCGUAUCCUGAUCAUCCAGAGAGAUUUGAUUACUGGUCUCAGGUUCUGUGUAGAGAGAGUCUGACUGGACGCUGUUACUGGGAGGCGGAGUGGAGCGGACGUGUUUAUAUAGCAGUGACUUAUAAAGGAAUCAGGAGGAAAGGAGUCAGUUAUGACUGUGAGUUUGGACUGAAUGAGAAGUCCUGGGUUCUGAUCUGCUCUAAUAACAGUUUCUCUGUCCGUCACAAUGAGAUCAGCACUGCUGUCUCUGCUCCCUCCUCUCAGUCUAACAGAGUAGGAGUGUAUCUGGACUGUCCGGCCGGCUCUCUGUCCUUCUACAGCGUCUCCACGGAAACACACAGACUGACCCUCUUACACACUUUCAGCUGCUCCUUCACUGAACCGCUUUACGCUGGAUUUGGACUUGAUGGUUCUGGCUCCUCAGUGCGUGUGAGAUGAAUAUAGAUGUGAGCUGGAGUUUGUAGGACCGACACUCACGUACUGAGAUAUUUCACAGUCACUGCCUGGAGAUUUUGUUGUUCUCCAUGUUUCAUUAUUUGUAGCUACAUCGACUUUCUGUCCACUUUCUGCUGAAAUUACAGAGAUUAAAUGAAGCUGCAUGAAAAUAUUCUCUUCUACUGGGGAUUAAACCGCUUCAUGUGUUGAUGGAAUAAUCUGUAAAACACUGUUUCAGAAGUUUUGGUUCAUCAGUAAGAAGUUGUGUUUGACUGUUUCUCUGAUUUCAUGAAUGUUGGGACCUUCAGCUUCACUCACUUCCCCACAAACUGAGAUCAUUUAUUUUAUUUCAUUCUUUAUUUUGUUGUUUUCUUCUGUUCCGCUUGUCUGCCGUGUGGAGCUGUACUAGCCACGCCCCCUCAGCAGCCGCGGGGCGGGACAAAGCCCGACUCUCCGCUAUGAUUGGUUGCUACUGGCAACGCAGCGCUCAGCAGGAUUAACUCUUCGUUUGCCAGAAGGUUUUAAGUGUUAAACCAUGUGAACCGCAAGAAAUGCGGGUUACAAACAGAGACGCCGCACAAAACAAGCCGCUCAGAAAACGACGCCCAGCCGCUCAAUGAGUUUAAAACGCGGAGACACAGCAACACGAAUUUCACCACAACCGCUGCGGCUCAAACCUCGACUGUGUAGCUACGUUUAGAGUGGGGACACCUGCUGUUCUGUUUCUGGAAUAAAAGCUUUAUAACAAAA